ACCACCGCCAUGGUGUCCGGUCCGGUCGAGCCGGCCCUCCGUCGCCACUGUGGUCUCCUGGUAACCGCGCUGGCGUUCCUUGGUGACCUGCAUCUGCGGCCCGGGAAAACUUUCAUGGAGGCGUUUAUCAGCACCGCCACCGCCGCUCCGCUGGAUGCUACACUGCGGCCGCCCUCCCUGCAGGAGGCUCUGUCUGCCGAGAAAGCCGUCUGGGCCGCCAUCGCAGGCCUCAUGCGGGACGAAAAGUGGUCCCUGUCCGACGCUCUCCACGAGGUGUCCGUCACACGUCACAUGCUGCCCACGUUGUUGUGCGCCCGUCCCCGGACCAUGACUGCGCCUCCGUUCCGGGACACACCUGGCCGUGGGUCCGGUGCCGCCCCUUCCACCGACCGGCCUGAUCCUCCUGGGGACCGGCCGCCCAAGAAGCCCCGCAAAGAGACGCCCACUGGUGGCAAACCGAAGGCUACGCCCAAAGGUGCUGCUACCGGUUCCGGCAAGAAGCCCGUCUCCGAAUUGUGGGACUCAUCCUGGGCGGCCGAAGAUGAGUCCGGCCGUGAAAUUUGCAAGCGAUUUGUCUUGGGCCGGUGCAAGCUCUCGUCCUGCAAAUUCUCUCACACCUGUCCGAUCAUGAUGCCCUCCGGCAAGCCGUGCGGACAACGGCACACCGUGAUUCCUCAGACUGAUGGCGAUUCGGCACCCGAUUCCGUUUCCGCCCCAGAUCGCAUUGACCGCUCUCGGUCUCCGCGCCGACCUCUGCUGCGCUUUUCCUGGUCCUUCGCCCCUCCUUCCGCCCCUCUUCGCAGUGGCCGCCCUUUGCACCCGUGUGCUUUGGCUCCUGCGGGAACGGCUCCACCCGCGGUUGAGCCGACCCUGCCACUUCCCCCUGCUCCGGUUCCACAACCGUCCCCAUCUCACAAGCGUGCGGCUUUGCAUGCGGUGCCCCUUCCGGGCCUCUCCGCUCCUUCCCCGGGUGGUGACACCCCCCCUGGUCUUUUUCUGGACUUGUUCUCUGGGGCAUCCGCUCCGCUAUCCGCGGCUAUUGCCCAGCUGGGUGGGGACCGCAUAUCACCUAUUGACUCAUUGCAUGGCGAGCAAAUCGACCUUUGUUGCCCGCGGCAUCAGGCGUCCUUGCGCCGGCUGUGUUCAUCAGGAUUUAUCCGUGUGGUGUGUGCUGCUCCGCCAUGUGCUAGCUUCAGUCGUUCCCGCCUCCGGCCCGGUGGCCCCCCUGCCGUCAGGACUCCCUCGCACCCGGGGGGCAUUCCCAACCCAACUCGGCGGCAGCAAGACGAGCUUUCUCGCUCCGAUGAACUGCAUUCCUUUACACGUGACCUCCUCUCUCUUGUUCUUCUUCAAGGGGGGAUUGUGGUCCUUGGAAAUCCCACCUCCAGUCUGCUGUGGCUGACGUCCGAAUGCCAGCAUUGGAUCCGUCAUCAUGCACUUUCUGCCACGCAAGUUGCGGCAUGCGCGCAUGGCCUGUCCGCUCUUAAAUCAUGGACGUUCGUUUCGAACCUGUCCGAUUUGUCGAAUCUUGCUGCACUUUGCCCGCGCCGCCCUGGAUUCCACCCGGCCCUCUCCGGUCGUCGUGAUUCCUCUGGCCAAUUCCUUACGAGGCACACCGCUUGUUGCCCUGCAUCCUUGUGUGCGGACCUUGCGUCGAUUCUGGUCCCUUUCUUAUCCUGCGACAACCGUUUGGUGUCUUUCCUGGAGUGGGAAACUUCUUUGCUUCCGCCUCGUUCCUCUUGGCCCGUUCCACCGUCCCGUGUUGAGGAUGGUGCUGGUUCUGUGUCUACUGCUUCCUGGGCGGUCCCGUCCGGCCCCAACUGUUUUGCUUCACUCCGCAAAACCUGGACUUCCCGCAUUCUGUCGGGUGACUUCCUUGCCAAGUUUCGCGCCAAUGUCGCUUCCGGUGCCAAACACCCGCCAAUUUCCGAGCCUGACUUGGCCCCUUUCCUUUUGGAUUUGCGGUCGUGCCUGGGUCUCUCUGAGGCCGAUUUUCAGCAGAUUCUGCGUGUUCCGCCCGGCCAACCCUUCCGCCUCUUUCUGCUUAAGGCCCUUCUGUCCGUGGCUCAGGACCCGGAUGUUGACUUCAUCGACUUGCUCGUGUCGGGGGUUCCCUUGGGCGUGGAUGAACCUAUGCCGUCGUGUCCAUCCUUGUUUCCUGCACCGCCUGCACCGGAGCCGGACAUGGACUUGACUCACUGCGAGUCUUCUUGGGGGUCCGCUCUGUCUGACCCUUCUACCGUUGACCGCCUGUUACAAGCCGAGGUCUCGGAAGGUUGGAUUGCCGAGAUCCCGGGUGGACUUGCUACUCUGAAGCGCCAGUAUAGCCGCUCCGCAGUGGGCAAGCUUGGCCUUGUGAAGGCUCCGGACCGGGAUCCGCGCCUGGUGGUUGACAGCAGUGUCUCCGGCGUCACGGCGCACACCCACCUUCCGAACAAGUCGGCCAACCCUACCAUCACCGGUCUCCGGCGCUGCCUGCCGUGCCGCACCUCCCUUGAGCGCUUAUUUGCACUUGUCCUUGAUGUCAGCAAAGCGCACCGGCGUAUUCUCAUCCGCUCUUCCGACCGGGGACUUCUUUGCUUCUUUCACCGCCGGAAGCUGUAUCAAUGCCUCACGUUGAAUUUCGGCGCCAGGGCCUCUGGAUACUAUUGGGCGCGUGUCGCCGGCCUUCUGUCCCGCCUUCUGCACCGCCUGCUUUUCGUCCGGCACGCCCUUCUUAUCUAUGUUGACGAUUUGAUAUCGUUGUUCUCCGGGCCGUCCGCUCCGGUAUGGGCCGCAAUCAUGUGUGUGCUCCUUCUUCUGCUUAGGGUGCCCAUGAGUUGGCAUAAGGCCUAUCUCGGUUGCCGUCCGUCCUGGAUUGGCUGGUCUAUGGAUUUUGACUCCAUGUCCGCUACUCUGGAAGCACCUAAACUGGCCCGCUUACGUGACCUUCUGGCCCUGGUUACUCGCUCUGACUCUGUGCCCUUGCACCUUUUGAGGAAACUUGCCGGGAAACUUCUCUGGGUUUGUUCCCUUUUCCGCCCUUUCCGCCCGUCUCUGGGUCCACUGUACCGCGACCAAGGGCUUCCGCCUCUGGUGCACGUUGCCGUGUCUCCGGACCUGUGGGCUUCUUUCCGGUCCGGCCUGUCUGAUGACCUCCGCUUACAGCACGAUGUAGGACUCUCUAGUUGUCCAAAAGGGUGCACCUUAGUCUCCGUCGGUAACCUUAAGCCUACCUGCCUGGCGGACGUCCCGCGUGCCUUUGCUGGGGAGCGCAGAACUUGGAUCUCCGUCCGCAUGCCACCUGACAGCGAUCGCAAGCUAUCGUCCGAAUCUCAGGAGAUCCUUCGCAUGUGGCAGUCUUGCCUCUCCGGUGAUGUCCCGACGUUUGCUCUUUCUUUAGCCCCUCUGCUGCAAUGCGAGGCUUUUGCCGAUGCCUGUGCCGACUCACGCUCCGCUGGCCUUGGAGGAUAUGUUCGCUUGGUGUCCGGCCGAUGCGUGUGGUUUCGCCGAACCUUCUCCGCUUCCGAGCUGGCGUCACUGUUCCCUUGGUUCGCUGAACAGUCCGCCCCGCAGAAAUUCAUUGCUGCGUGGGAGCUUCUGGGUCAGCUGGCUCUCGUCUGGUGUGUUGCUCUGCUCAUUCCGGCCGGACACCCUCCGGUCCACUUUAUCAGCAGGUGCGAUAAUGCCCCGUCCGACUCUGCCUCGUGGAAGGGCAUCUCCACGGCCCGCGGCCUUUGCUCCCUACUCCGCACAUACUUUUCCUGGCAGAGGCACUUUUGUGUUAGCACCUACAUCGAUCACGUUCCGGGAUUCCGCAACAAGGUAGCGGACGGUCUUAGCCGCUCCGCAUCCCCGUCUGAUCUUGGCAUGACUGCUUCUGAUGAGGUGCUGAUCCCAUGGGAAUUACUGUCCGCACCGCCGCGCCCACAGUAUUUUCCUCCUUCUGCCUGGUCGGCGUCUGUUUUUCCGGCUGCACGUCCGGGCUAG